AUGUCGUUACUAAACUCGGUGCUCGGCUCUAUAUCGCCAUCCAGAUUCCGCGAUUCUUUCGAGGAUCUACGUGCGCCAGACCAUGAGCUGCCUCUAUCUCGCUCCCCGUCCUCGUCACGAUCGCCGUCACAAGCUCCGCGCAUCCCUCCUCCUAUAGCAUCCACAGUGUUAUGGAGCGUUCCACCCACACAUUUCAAACCCGCAGCCCGCGUUCCCGACGAGCUCCUUGCCCUCCAACGAAGAGCGCGGCACCUCGAACAGCAACUCCAAGAGCUGCUCGACGCCCAGGCUGAUGGCUUGAUGGGCGGGCUAGCGGGGAAGGACUCCAAUAUACCCGAUGACCUUGUCUCGAAUGGUAGUACCACACCUACCGUGAGUAGCGUCCGCAGCUCAAGUCACAGCGGUGACGGCGAUGAGAACUCAUACAGUCUGCCGCGGAAGAAGAAAGUAGGGCUCACUGCAGCGCGGAAGGGGAUCUACAAGCGCAUACAACAGCUCGCGAGCGUCAAAGCUGAGGAGCUGAAUCAAUUGGACGAAGAUCUGCAGGACUUGAAUGGCAUUGUAGGGCAGACGGAUACGUGGACGAAGAAGCGUGCGCGGCUGGAGCAGAAGAUACAAGACAUCGAGCAGGGCGAAAGCAGCGCAUCACGUACGCAGGCUUUGCACACUGAAGCUUCGAAUCUGGAACGCGAGAUACGGCAGAGAGAGGAGGAGUUGGCGGCGUUGAAGGCCAGGUACAGGAGUGUACGGACAGAGCUUGAGAAUGGAGAAAAUGCGGUUGAAUCGAAGCUCUCUUCAUACAAGGCAUCGCUCGCAAUACUUGACAAGAACGUUGCAAGUUUCCUCGCCAGGCCACCAGAUACGAACCACGUUUCUCUUGCAGCGUCAUCUUACCUCUCUCUCCCACCACGGCGUCGGACUCUCGAGAUGGCACACGACUACUGGACGGAUGAGCACAUGCGGCUCGUUGAUAAAUGCGAAGAAGUCGACAUUGAGCGCGCCGCGCUAGACGAAGGCGCCAUCUUGUGGAACGACGUAGUCAAGAAGAUAACGACAUUCGAAACCGCUUUGCAAGACAUGAUGCAACAAGGUUCGCGCGCCCCAUCACCAUCGAGAAUCAUCGCGAAGAUGGAUGCUACGAUCACGUAUCUCGAAGAACAGGUGGACUUUGUAAAGAGUAGAGACUGGAAUCUUCUCUUCCUUGCCAUUGCCGCCGAACUAGAGGCGUUCAAGCAAGGGAAGGACGUACUGGAAGACGCGCUCGGGUUGAAGAAGAGCAAAAAGGGUAAAGAGAAAGCGAUUGAGAGCCUCGUCGAUACGGAUGACACGACCCAUGAGAGCGACGAGGAGGUUUCGAGGUCCGCCAUACGCAUACCGAAGGAGCCGCCUAAGCCAGCUGUGUCUCCGCCGAAACAGAGCUUCUUCGAUACAGAUAACGAGGACCCGGAUCCGGAGUUGAUGAUCAGUCAUCAGGAUACUGAUACGGACUAG